AUGGCCGUCCCUCAACUACCUACGAAGUUUCCUUGCUGGUGUCGCGCGGUGUAUUCAUGGGGCGGUGAAACAGACAGAGACCUCGGGUUCAUCGAAGGUGACUUGAUAGAAUGUCUCAACGCGGGAGACGGGUCCUGGUGGAUGGGGAGACUACUCAGAGACAGGAGAAUGAUGGGCCUGUUUCCCUCAAACUUCGUCGUUGUGCUCGAGGAAGAUUUCGUCCCCAUGCGCCGAUCCGCCAGUCCCCUACCUGAUCUUCACAAGAGCAACAGUGGAAGCAAGAAGACGCCACAGGAAAAGAAGGAGAAGGCAAAAUCAAGACGCCCUUUUAGUGGUUAUAAGAGCGCGACAUCUCCUGCAGUCAGUAGCACAGCUCUACCUCAACAAGCCGCGCCUGUCUCUGCACCAGCACCACAACCCUAUGACACACGGAAUCCUCCCUCGACGGUCUUGUGGCAGCAGAGGCCACCGUCCAGAGCUCCUGCAAGAUCACCAUCUCCUCUACCACAUCAUGAAAUCGGUUCUUCUCCCCCGCCGCCUCCUCCACCCCACCGGAUUAUUGGGGGCAGAGCCGCAUCACCUGCACCACAAGCCUUCGACAUGAAUGAUCGAUAUCAGUCAUUCUCUCGUACUCCUUCCCCAGCACCUCCCUCAAUCAACGGACAUACUCCCCCAACGAUCCGGAGCGCCAUGGACGAUGUCAUGUCUUCUCUUGAGGAUAUGACGUUAGUAAGACAGGAUUCAAUCCAACAAGAGAAGCAUUUCAAUCCCUGGUCUCCAGAAGCCUUUGACGACUUCCGUCGACCCGAGUCUCGUCCGGGUCCUCGUCCACUUACCAGUCUAGGGCUGGGCGCUGGAGGCAGCACUUUCUCCGAAGCACGCAUCAAUUAUAGCAGUCGCCAUAACAGCCCAGAUCGAUACCAGGAUGGUCCUCCUCGGUUGGAGAACUAUGUACAGAGGAUGGAAAGUCGAUUACGCCGUAUGCAACAGGCUCGAGAAGGGCAGGAUUUUGAUGCUACGGGCAGUGACCCUCCAGAACCACCACCUAAGAAUUCGCCGUGGGCUGGCUCAUCAAGUGCCGGUCGUCGACUGUCAAAGCGAAGGAAAUCUGCCGUCGAUCUCGGUGAUGGAGCUCUCUCAAGAGCCCUGACACAAAAAACCAAUGUGACGAACAACAGUAGCUCCAGCAGCGGAGCGCAAAGUUCUGCAAGCACAGGAACCAACUUUUCGCACCAAACAGCAAUGACUGCCCAAAGCAUUAUGAGCGGAUAUUCUGCUGGUGCAUUUAGCGCUACAAGUGCAGGCAGCCUCGCGAGGAAGAGGAUGGGCAGUCUUCGGGAGCGUGUGGCAAGACCAAUGACAAGUACCGGCACCAGGGAUGAGAAUUGGGGCCAAAUGGAAGCACGACCGAAGACACCAAACACCGCAGCAUCCUUCCACUCAAACCAUGACUCCAGGCAAGGGGCGAAGUCGGCAAUUGGCUGGGAUGACGCAAAUCGAGGUGCAAAUGGUGGACUAGGGGGUUUUACGACUCCCAAAGCCAAAAAGCAGGGCUUCUUCAAGAAACUGAUCGACAGUGCAAAGACCGGUGCUGCGAGCGCCCGGAGUACCAUCUCCUCCAGUCAAGCAGGAAGCAAUUCUGGGUCGCCCACAAAACUGACGGGCAUCGCCGGCGGCACCGCUUUCAAUGCACCGAUAACCGCUCAUCAGUCAAAUAGCGCUUUCGGAAGGGAUGCUGCAAGAGAGAUGGGAUUGACCAGCGGAGCCUCUGGUUCGUACAUUCUCACUCGACGCGACGUCAAUCGAUCAAAUACACCUGGACCAUCAGAACGACAAGAACGGGCUGAUCGGUGCCAAAUGCUGGAUCAACCUGUUAUUUGCCCUGUAGAAGAACUGUACGAGAACCUUCAGGGAGACGAAGACGCCGACAGACGACCUGUUUAUGCGCCGUUCCAGCUCAGCAAUCCAAGUUUCAGUCAAGUGGACAAGGCCGCUCGUUUCAUCACGAGCAUUCCUAGCAGCAUAACGGCGGCAGGCCUCGCUACGGGUUUCAUAUGCCGUCCAUAUCGAAGUGGCGUGCAAAGACUACGAGCGAUAUUCAUUUGGUGCGCCGAGAGGAUCAGCUGGAAAGAAGACCAAUUUGACGGCUACGAUUUCAAUCAACCAGUCGAUACCAGAAAAGUCAUUCAAACCAAACGAGGAAGCAGUCAAGAGGUUGCAGAGGUCGUGCUUGAAAUGUGCAUUGCCAUUGGCAUUCACGCGGAAGUCGUGCAUGGGUACCUGAAAACACCCGGUGAAGAACUCGACUUGGACGCCAUUUCUCGUCCAAACCAUUUUUGGAACGCUGUGCUCGUUGACGGAGAGUGGAGAAUGAUAGACGCCAGCCUUGCCAGCCCAACCAACCCAAAAAGAGCAUUAUAUUCGAGUGUCAGCUCCAGUAUCGCGGAAGCUUGGUAUUUCCUAACACGGCCGAGCGAACUGUGCUGGACACAUGUCCCCGUCGAAGAUGGCCAACAACAUAUGAUCCCCAGCAUCAGUCCUGACGUGCUUUUAGCGCUGCCUGGAACGUGCCCGCCGUUCUUCAGGCAGGGGCUGUCAAUGCAUGCCUAUGACACCAGCAUCAUUAGACUUGACGGCCUAGAAAUGUGCACAUUUAGCAUCAAUGUCCCUGCCGACGUUGAAAUAGUCGCAGAGGUGGAAGCCAGGAGGUACCUCUGCGAUCAGGACGGCGAUGUUUACGAGGACGCUGACAAUCUGACGAAAAAAAGAGCUCUUGCACAACCAAGCUGGUACAGAACAGUGCCUAACACAGAUGUCGCCCAGAAACGCUAUGUCAUCAAGGCAAUUCUCCCAGGGGAUGAAGGCGUAGCAUAUGUCAAAGUGUAUGCUGGGAAGAAGGGUUUGAUGCUUUCUUCGAGGGAUAUCGUCCACCCUUUAGCUCUCGCGGUACCUCUGUACCACUCAGGCGAGAACCCGGCUUAUGAGUUCGUCAUGCGACAUCCUACGCCGCACGCCACGCGGCAAGAUCUCUACGUUGUGCAACCGCAAUGCUACCGCCUUGGGGCCGGAGAAACAUAUGUCUUUUGCGUUCGUCAACACGCCGCGUCUGUAGCAUCUACACCUGCCAACGAACAGAACGGCUUUGACCUCCGGCCUGUUAGUCCCAACCCACUCGCACGCCCCACCAGCGCAAUGAGCAUGACUAGCAGCACCACCGGCUCCAAUCCCAGCGAAUACAACAACAGUGCGGCUGGCGUCAAAAUCAAGGACAAGCCCGCAAAGCUGGCGAUCCAGUCUCCUGGUGGGAAAAUCAUCAGGUUGAACCGGAAGCAUGAGGGGAUUCCGCAGCCCGCAAGUCUGAAGGAGGUGGAUGGCGAGGUGCUGGGAAGCUUUUGGGAAACUGCGGUCAAGGUUCAAGAAAGGGGUAUCUGGAGGGGCCUGGUCCUGGCCGAUCGGAGCGCCAGGUGGUGUGUUUGGGGAGAGUGGGAGUGCGUCUGA